GUUGUGGUCGUAGUUAUUACAGGCUGCUUCAUGAUGUCUCAAAGUUCCUGACACACUGGCGGAGACCGCCCUCCCUACCGCCCUCCUAAUAUGCUAUUGGCUAUUCCUUCCCUCCUCCAGGAUAAUGGUCGUCUGUGAUUGGCUCUUCCCGUGCCAAUCAUCAGUGAGGCUAUAGGCGAGGACGAGGGCAAAGUUCGCUGGAGUUCAACGGCUGUCAAGGAAACUCACUUCUCACGCAACGGGUUGGGUCUUCUCACGUAGCCCACCUGUGUGCAGGAUGAGCAGCGGCCACCAGUCCCUGUAUUUCCUCAGUCUUCCCGACCCAAAGCAGCUGGUCUGCGUCACCCUGACUCUGCAGGAUGAAGGCGAGGAGCUGAGGAGCAAACAGAUCAAGACCUGCAGGGAGCUGGUUCUGCUGUUCUCUGAUCUUCUGGCUGCUCCUGCUCUGGACUCCUUCGCUGAUAUCACAGUGGUCAUAGCUACCUCGUUCUUACAGACUGGCAUCCUCCAGGUGUUUGGACACAGACACCGUCUGCAGCUGGGCUCUCCUCAGUGUGUGCUUCCAGGGGACCUCCAGCGUUGCCUGUCCUACUCUCUAAUCAGCAGACUGUCCCCCAGCUGGAACAAAGUCGGCCUCUUCCUCGUCUCAGGAAAAGACUUCCUGACUGAGAGCGGCAGGCUCAACGCUGUCAGCGUGGAGCUGAGUGUCACUGAGGCCCACAUGUGUUUCAGCAUUGAGGCCAGCGCUGUCCGACUGCCCCUGACCACCCUGGGGGACUUCGACCUCCACCCGUCGGUGCUCCGGAGGUUAUGCAGUGACCCUGAAUUCGUCCUCGACCUGGCCUCCACCGCAGGAGCCGUGUGGUGUCACGUCCUGCCCAGCAUGAAGAAAGGUCAGAUCAUCUUCAUCAGCCGCCAGCUGCCCAAACAUGGACCAUUCAGGAGCUACAGAGACCUGCAGAACCACUGGAACCGUAUGUAUGGGUACAGACUGCCUGAGCUGGCAGAGGAUGAGGUGGUGUACUGCAGCGUCUACUUCAGGCUGCUGGGAGAGAUACUCUUCAGCUACCCUCUGAGCUGCAUCUGCCUGCAGCCGGUGCAGCGUUGUCCUCGGGUCGACCUGCAGGGGGCGCUGGGCUGCUUCCUGUCUGACGUCAGGCACACACUGAAGACUGUGUGUGGCUUCCCUGCACAUCUGAGCAGCAAGCCCUCUUACCGUGCAGUCAGCCUGAGCACCGCUGCAUCUGUACAGGUGUUGAAUGGUUUGGAAAUCAACCUGACCACCUCCUGCUCCAUCAAGCCGGUCCUCACCCAGCUCGCUCCACCCCCUCCUCCAUCCCAGCCUCUGCAGCCUUCAGCCUGGACCCCUGUGUCGCAGCAGGAAGGAGCUCAGGAGCUUCUGGAGAAAGGACGUGGCUUCAGAGGAAGACCUACACAAAGUCAGGGGUGUGAAGGAGGCAGAGACUGGCCUUCCUCUUCCUCCAUCUCCUCCUCACAUGCUGCUUUUUCCUCUUCUGACUCCUCAGAUCAAGAAUCACAACCUUCCUGCUCCUCCUCUUCUUCCUCUUUUCUCCUGCACUUCCAGCCAGCCUCAUCCCUCAGCUCCUCCUCCUCCUCCUCCACCUCCUGCUCUUCUCUCCCAGUCUUCCAGCCUGCUUCCUCCUUCAGCUCUUCCCACUCCUCCUCCUCAACUCACUUGUCUGAAGCGGCGGUGAACCCUUCUCCCAAACUUGUUCCAGUCUUCAGGCGUCCAUCGCACCACGUCACCAUUUCCCUGCUGCGUCCUCAAAAUCAGAAGAAGCAGCUGGGUGGAGCUGUGGAAGGGUCAGAGAGGGUGACAGUGCCUUCCUUUGGGAAGAAGAUUCCUGCCACUGCUUCUCGCCUUUCUUAUUUAUCAGCUGCUUCCCUCCCAGUUCUUCCUUUGCCCAUCAUCCCUCACUUCAGCCGCCAUCCCAAACUCCACAUUGGCACUGCGGCUGCUCACCCGCCUCCGGCUCACAUCAAGCGCAUCUCCAGCCUCAGUCCUGUAAUAAAGUUUAAACGGAGGAUUAUCAUCCCUCCAAAGCCGGAGAUCAAGAGCGGUUCCAAAACCAACCCGAAGGUCAGCUCUGAAAGCGACGCUGUCACUGGCUGCAGAGAUGAAACACAGACAGCCACUGAAACCUCAAACAAUGAAACCUCCAAACACAGCGCAAAGAUAGUUGCUUUUGACCUAAAGGCGAAGAAAUCCAGAGCCGCAGUUGGAGACGUGGACGUGGAGAAUAUGGUCAAAACCAAUCAGUUGUCCAAGCUGAACUCUGCGACUCUGCUGCUCUGGCUGAAAGCGAGAGGCGUGAACGUCAACGCCAAACACAGGAAGGAGGAGCUGAUGAUGAAGGUCAGGAGCUGCCUGGCUGAGGCCUGAAACACACACUGACUCACAGCCUCGCUGCAUUUACUUAAUAGAGUUACUUUGGAGUAUUAACGCUGCGCUAAGCUCUCCGUUUAAGAAUUUGAUGUAAAAUCUGGCCGUCUUAUCAGCCGGGACAGAUGAGAGCUUCUCAUCCUCGCUAAUUGAGAUGCUGAACAUUUGCCAACGUUAGAUUUUGGUGUCAGAUGAAGUCACAGCGGGUCCAGAGGAGGACCUUGGAUAAAAUGAAAGCACAGACUGUUGGAAGCUUUCUCUUCCUCCUGUUUCUCUUCCAUGUGACGCCUUCACUCGUGUUCACUUUGCUUUAUUGUUCAGGUUAUUAACCUUAAAACUGUUCAUUCACUGGAGCGGUGUGGAAGGUCCUCAGUGUUUCUACAGCAGCUGGUUCAGAGUCUUAUACCUGUGAGCCUCUAAAGAGCCACAGGGAGGUUUUACAAGCUGUUCACAAAGGUCAUGUUUUCACAGAAAGCACCAGCGUGUGUUUGUUCUGGAGCUGCUCACCAGUGUUCACGACUGUACUGUUAUAAUUCUUUUUGAAGUUUUGAGAAUAAAAACUAAUUAUUAACAAGA